AGGAAAAAAGAGGAAGAAGAAGGAGGAGAAGAUGAGGAAGAAGAAGAAGAAGAAGAUUUUAGGAAGCUAUUUUAAGAAAUAUUACACCUAACAGAAUUUACGCUAAUUUCUAUCUUCCUUCCAAAAAUUUGUUUCUGUUUCGAUUUUGUAGUAUUCUUUGUUUUCUUCUCUUCAAUGUCAUUCAAAUUCCUCCAUUUUCCAGUUGAAGUUAGAGAGAGAGAGAGAGCUCCAUUUUUUUCACUGCAACUGAAGCUCAAUUCCUUUGAUUCAUUGAUUUUUCUUGUGUUUAUCAACUCUUAAUUUGAAGGAAUUUUGAGAUAGAUAAUGUUGUAAGUAUCGAACACUGUGUGGAUUGCAGUUCAUGGAGGAGUACGGCGAGCAGAGAACUCCAACUUCAACCCCUGAUUUUGCCGGGAAUGAGGCUGUACCGGAUUCAGAUGAUAAACGAGCUUCCAAGCGAGGGAGGCCCAAGAUUAACGCCGCUAGGUUUCGUACUACCACUCCUCCUUUGGCUUCGCCGAUUGUUGGAUCUCCAUGCCUCACCAUUCCGCCCGGAAUCAGCCCUAAUCUGCUCUUCGACUCCCCCAUUAUGCUGUUCAAUACACAGGAUGUGCCAUCUCCAACCACUGGCUCUUUUCCCAUAGUUCCAGUAAAAGAUGAGUAUUCAUUGUUGAAUGCUGUAAUGCCUGAAGAUGGAAGUAUCCACGGCAGUGAGGAUUCCUACUUCAGGUUCACCCCUCAGGCGGACCAUGAUUCUCUUCAAGGUCUUUUGAGACUUGAAAAUCAGGAAGCUGACAUUGAUCAUCAAGCCUUUGAAUCAGAGAAAACGCUGAUGGAUUUUGAAUUCCCACCUGAUUUUCCAAAAGAGGCUUCUGUAUUGAAAUAUGAUCUCGCUUCAUCCACUGAUAUUGACCUUUUCGAUGGCAAGAUUGUUAAUGGUAACUGUGACAAUAUGGAAAUUUGUGUUCCUGAUAUAGCUGAUAAUCCAUCAUCUGUACCUGAAUCUUCAAAAAGAGAAGACAUUGGGACACAGCAUCCUUUAGAAGGUGAACAGAAAGGGUCUUACGUUCCUUUGGGAAUGUUAAGGACGUCAGAAGAUGGUUACAACUGGAGAAAAUAUGGGCAGAAACAGGUCAAAGGUAGUGAAUAUCCAAGAAGCUAUUAUAAAUGUACACAUCCUACUUGUCAAGUAAAGAAAAAGGUGGAAAGAUCUCUUGAUGGUCAAAUCACAGAAAUAAUUUAUAAGGGUAAUCAUAAUCAUGCAAAACCUGAUCCCAAUCGUCGGGCAAUGCUUGGAUCAGUGCUAGCAUUGGAUGAUGCUUCAGAAAAUGGUGAAGGUUGUGGAAGCCGUGCCAAAGCUGAAGCUGGGCUGACAUGGAGAAACACUCAAUAUGGGUGGAGUGUUGAUGGUCUAGAAAGGACAUCCUCAGCAUCGGUUCUGACUGAGCUUUCCGAUCCAUUGUUAAAUCCCCAAGGGAAAACUGUUGGGGUUUUUGAAUCUGUCGGAACUCCAGAGCUUUCAUCUACAGUUGCUAGCCAUGACGACGAUGAUGGUGGUGGUGAUGACGAUGAUGAUCACACAACUCAGGGUAGUAUUUCAGUUUGCGUUGAAGCUGAUGAUGUCGAACCUGAAUUGAAACGAAGGCGAAAAGAGGGCAAUUCAAUUGAAACAAACUUGGCUUCAAGGUCUCGUGAGCCAAGAGUAGUUGUCCAAAUUGAAAGCGAAAUUGACAUACUUGAAGAUGGAUAUCGAUGGCGGAAGUACGGGCAAAAAGUUGUCAAAGGAAAUCCAAAUCCAAGGAGCUACUACAAAUGCACGAGUGCUGGCUGUUCAGUAAGGAAACAUGUUGAGAGAGCAUCCGAUAAUCUUAAAUGUGUAAUUACAACAUACGAAGGAAGACACAAUCACGAAGUGCCUGCAGCAAGAAACAGCAAUCAAGUAAACUCGAGUAAUGGCAAUGCACAGCCUUCUGCGUCUCAUGUGCAACCAAGAAACUUGAACAUCCCGAAGUCCGAAACACAAAUUCAAGAUCUCGCCGCCCGGUUUUAUCCGAAACCUGAAUUUAACAAUGACUAUCAGAGGUCUGCCUGUUUUGAUACUUUUAGCAGCGAUAUGAAACUUGGAGCCCCUUCACUCUGUCAAAUGAAGUUCCCUCCAUUACAAAACACCUUGCCUUAUAGCCCCUUUGGAUUAAGUUCAAAGCAUUGCACAACGAGUAUUGCUGGUUCAUUGGCGUCCGUGGUCCCGGACUUCCCGAUUUCCUUGCCAUUGAAUCAAAACCUCUCGGCUGCUGGUUUCGAUUUUACCAAUGGAAGACCAAUACCACCAUUUCAGGUUUUCCUGGCUGGUCAGCAGCUGAGAGACACUGAGAGGUUCCUCACACCCAAACAGGAGCACGACGAUGAUAACAUCUGUGUUCCUUUCCAGCCAAUUGUUGAUAGUACGAACGGAUCUUCAUCAUCAUCAGUCUCAUCAGUUUACCAACAAAUCAUGGGAAAUUUUCCAUAGGCUUUUUUCUUCUUCACACGAUAAUGUAGUAGUAUGGGCACAUUAAAGCUUUUUUCUUAUUGCAUUCAAUGUAAUUACUCUUAUAUUCAUAAUUCAAUGCCCACAAAUCCCAUAUAGUUUCCAUAGUAA